ACACCGGAGUGGUAACGUGCCUUCCAAAACGGAAAGAGUGUGAACGGAGCGAAAACCCGGCGAGAUUGAUAAGAUUUCAAUAAACAAAUAAUUGCGUUCAGGAUGUUAUCGGUCAAUUGAUACGAAUCGUAUUAAAUAUGUUAAAAUUAAUAUUCCUUCUUCAUGUUUUCAUUAUCUCUAUUUACUAUAACUGUGCAAAAACCAUUCUUGUCGAGGAGAUAACAAAAUGGACAUUGAGGAAUGAAUCCUCUUCCCUAAAGAUUGACGUACCCCGACUACCAAGCGGCGUAUAUACAGCGCUGAAGGAUACCUACGGAGACUUGCUAGACGCGGGAAACGAUGUAUCCUUGCGGUGGAUAGCCAACCAGUCGUGGAUUUACAAUUCCAGUUUCGUCAGCGCAGAGCUGGGCCACGACAGCCAGGUGAACCUUACGCUCCACGGCAUCGAUACCGUUUCCAAGGUGCGCCUAAAUGGUGAGCUUCUUGGAGAGACGGACAACAUGUUUGUCCGCUACUCAUUCGUUAUCGGCCACCUGCUGCUGCCCAGCCCCAGUCAAAACACCCUGGAGAUUGAGAUCCUUUCGCCCUUGCAAGAGGCAAGCAGGCGAGCCCGAGAACGCGAGGAUCAGGGCGUCAUCACCGGGCCCAUCAGUUGCCCAAGAGCACGAGGCGACGUCGAGUGCCAUCGCAAUCAUCUGCGCAAGAUGCAAAUGAGCUUCGGUGGCGAAUGGAACCCAGCAGCCCUUUCCUUAGGCAUUUGGAAGCCGGUUGUUGUGGAGUACUAUGCGGUAGCCGUGCUUCGCGACAUUGAUGUGGCAAUUAAUCGGAACGAUACUCACUGGACAAUGGAUUGCCGUGCCUUCCUCAGCUCGCUUGCUUCGAAGGACUUUUACGCGCGGCUGGUGGUUUAUGCCAACGAGCUUUUAGAUGAACGUUUGGUCCUCGAGAAGCAGUUGGUCUCUUUCGUGUCACCAGUGGUGGAGUUUAAGAUACACAUACCCAAGGAUCGAGUUACCUUGUGGUGGCCCAAUGGCUAUGGGAAGCAAAAGCUAUAUCCAGUUUUUUUUUCAGUGAAGUGCUAUGCCAGCGAGGAGGGUCCUUCUCUGAGCUCGCGCACAGAAUCCCAGAAGCUAUUAAAGAUUGGCUUCCGUACCAUACAGCUGGUGGAGGAUAAAGACGACUUUGGCAGGACCUUUUAUUUUCGGGUCAACGGACACCCGAUCUUCAUAAAGGGAGCGAAUUACGUACCUGCCCACACACUUCCGGAGUUAUCGGCAGAUGCGGAUAAGGUGGAAUAUUUACUAAAAGCUGCACAUGAUGCCGGCAUGAACAUGAUUCGCGUUUGGGGAGGAGGUCUAUACGAGUCGGAUAACUUCUACAACUUAGCGGACUUUUACGGACUGCUAGUGUGGCAGGACAUGGCGUUUUCCCAGGCAGCUUACCCUCUGGCCAAUGACUUUAUAGAAUCAGUGUGCUUGGAGACGGUGCAGAACGCCCAACGCCUCUCCUAUCAUCCAAGUUUGGCCUUGAUCGUGACCAACAAUGAGAUCGAGCUUUUCCUGGCAACCAACAAAUCGGACUUCGGGGAAAACGCCACGCAAGUGGAGGCCGACUAUAAAGCUCUGUUCUUUGACAGGAUAGCGCACGAGUUGAAAGUUAUGACUCGAAAAGAUUUCAGUCCACGCCCUGGCCCCAUGAUCUCCACUCCUUCGCUGGGCAUCGCAGAGUCCGGCCAAAAUCCGGAGGACAACCUGCAAAGCCCAAACUACGGAGAUGUGCACAUUUGGGAGGACAAAGACGGUUUUAGCCCAGAAACUUAUCCCCACGCUCGUUUCGUGUCGGAGUUCGGCUACGCCAGUCUGCCAAUAAUGUCCUCGUGGCAAAGGGCUCUGGGAGACGGUGCAGAUGGUAGCAGCGAAGAAAUUGCUGCACUUAUUCGAAGCCGGCAGCAUGAUCCCAAGGGAUUCAUACCGAUGCUACAGUUAAUCGCCUAUCAACUUCCGUUCGUUCCCCAGACUUGGGAUAAGAAUAUCGAGAAAUUCAUAUAUUUUAGCCAGGUGGCUCAGGCCAUGACGACCAAAACGGCGAUUGAAGUAUUUCGAAGCCUGCGCAGUGGAAAUCAUACAAUGGGCGCUCUCAUUUGGCAGCUCAACGAUGUUUGGGUGGCUCCCACAUGGUCCUGCAUCGACUUCUAUGGCAAUCUAAAACUAGUCUACUACUGGGCCAAAGAAUUUAUGGCCCCGACGAGCGUUAUAGCUCUGUACGACAGCAACUCGGAUAGCCUCAACAUCACCCUCUCUAGGGAAGACUUUUCCGAGCACAGUGACUCAAAACUGUACUCUGUGCUGCUAAAUACUUAUCUAUGGACGGACUUGGUUGCUAAAAAAACGAUUGCUCGUGCUUUUGGACUGAGCUCUAAUGGCAUUGAGGUGCGUCAAAUACCAUUGAAAUAUUUGCUAUACGAAAACCAUUCAAAGGAAGAAAUAUUUUUGGAAGUUGUUUUGGAGGAUGAGCAGGGCGAGUUCGUGGCUAGAAACUUUUUUUAUCCGGUGCCUCUAAAAAACAUUGUUGGCAUAAAAGAUCCAGAAUUAACACUUGAAGUUUCAGGCCAAGACUGCAAUUCUGCAACUUCGCCGUAUGCCAAUAGUUUCAGUCUGCGCAUUACCGUGAGAUCUCCAGCUCUACUUGUGUACCUUGAGGUGACGCACCCGGAUUACAUCAAAGAGCAGCACAAGUUCUCGACGAAUGGCUUUACUCAGACACAGCCAAGGAAGACGGUACACUUAGUUUUUGAAAACGACUCGAAAUGCAUGGCGUUAACUGCCAGUCACAUUAGAGUUCAAACGAUGAAUCAAUAUUUAAUUUGAAUUAUGCUCUCACAAGUAAUGUACAUACGUGUUCAAUUCAACAGCAAAUAUAUAUUUUUCUAUGGCGUUGCCUGUACAUGCUGCCCGAUGUCCAGCUCCUUCCUUACUGCCUGAGUUAACUAUCAGUUCCCUUUAAAAAUUUAUUGCAGUAUAUUCAAUUUCCAAUUAAUGUAUUUUUGAAUUAAAAUAAACGUCUGCCUUAUUUGGUAUUCAAA